AUGCAGCACUGCUUGCCGCAGCAGAUUGUGCCCAGCUCCCGCCCCAGCAGGUCCACACUCGGGCAGCACUCCAUGGCGCCCACAGUCCCAUCCGCCGACGCAGCACCGCAGCACUUGGGCUUGGUGAGGGGGUUGCAGCAGGUGGAGCCGCAGCAGUGGUUGCGCUCCUUGGGGCAGCACUGGUCGCCGCAGCACUUGGUAUCCGGCGGGCAGCACUUGUUCCCGCAGCACUCCUGCCCUGCCUUGCAGCACUGCGCGCCGCAGCACGUCAGCCCCGUGGGGACACCCGUCGUGGGGUUCACUUGCGGACAGCACGUGCCGCCCAGGGUCGUCCCCUGGAUGCUGCAGCAGAGAGACUUGGACGCGAGGUCGCAGCAGGUCCGCCCGCCGCAGCACCUGGUGCCGCCCAUGCAGCACGCCGACCCGCAGCACUCAUUGCCCGUCUCUUUCCCAUCAACGUUCAGCAUGGGGCAGCAGUCAAUAGCCGGCGGCGUCCCCGUGGUGGAGAGGGAGGAAUUACCGCAGCACUGUGGCUUGAGCUUCCUCUCGCAGCACUUGUUGGGCCCGCAGCACUGGAACCCCGGCUUGCAGCACGUGGCACCGCAGCAGUCGCCGUCCAGCGGGCAGCACUUGCCUCCACCGCAGCACUGGGUCCCCUUGGGGCAGCACGUGCCCUCAGCGCAGCAGCUGUCGCCCACCUUGCAGCACUGCACGCCCGCCACAUCCUGCUUGGGCUUCCUCGCCAGCAUGCCCACGGACCGACCCAGCAUGGCGAUGGCAAACUCCUUGGCGUUGCCAGCCACGUCGAUGGUGGGCUUGCAGCAGAACGUCUCAGCCGGGCAGCACUUGCCGUCGCCGCAGCACACGGUGCCCUUCUUGCAGCACGUCUUGCCGUCCUGGCAGCACUGGCUGCCCUCGGGGCAGCAGGUCUCCGUGGGGGUGCCCUCCCUGUCUGUGCAGCACGUGUCGCUCUUGAGGCAGCACUUGCGCCCGCAGCACUGGUUGCCCGUCGCCGCGCCAGUGGAAGUCGCAGCAGGGCAGCAAGCCCCCUGCAGCUCCACCCACUGCCCGUCACCGCAGCACUCGUACCCGGGCUUGCAGCAGGUGGACCCGCAGCACUGGGUGCCCUCGGGGCAGCACUGCCCCGCGCAGCACUCCCCCGGCUUGCGGUCGUACCCCACGCAGCACUGUGCGCGCACCUUCGGGUCGCAGCACGUGCUGCCGCAACACGUGGACUGCAUGCCCGUGGACGUCUGCAUCAUCGGGCAGCACUUGCCGUCGCCGCAGCACUGCGUGCCGGCCGGGCAGCACUCCUUGCCGCAGCACAUCGUGCCUUCCUUGCAGCACUUGCCGUUGCCGCAGCACUUGGUGCCCUUCUCGCAGCACGUCUUGCCGUCGUCGCAGCACGACGCGCCCUCGGGGCAGCAGCGGUUGAGCGGGUUUCCGCGCGGGUCCUGGCAGCACACGGAGCCCCCCUUGCAGCAUGCCGUGCCGCAGCACCGGAGCCCCGUCGACGUGCCGUCCGCCGUCACUCCCGGGCAGCACGUGCCCAGCGCGCCGAUGAUCUCCGACGGCCCGGGUUUCCCGGGCUUCGCCGCUGCGGGGAGCAGCGCGUUGAGGAGCGCGGUGCCGGUGGUAACCACCUGCGUGCAGCACUGCGGCUGGAGCUUAGUCUCGCAGCACUGGCCGUUGCAGCAGGAGAAGCCGGGCUUGCAGCACUUGCCGCCGCAGCACGCGGCGCCGACGGGGCAGCACUGGCCGCCGCAGCACUCCGCGCCCUGCUCGCAGCACUUGCCCUUGCAGCAACGCUGCCCGCGCGCGCAGCACGCCUUGCCGUCGCAGCAGCCCGUGCCUUCCGGGCAGCAGUUGGCGCCGCAGCACUCGCCCUUGCAGCACUGCGCGUUUAACUUGGUUGUCCCGCAGCACUUGUUGGCGUGCGCGCAGCACUUUCCGCCGCAGCAGCGGCCCUCCUGGUUGCGGCAGCAUUCGCCGAAGAUGGCGGGGUUGAGUUUGAAGGGUGUGCAGCACGACACGCCGAACUCCUCGCCUCCUAGGCAACACCUCCCGCCGCAGCACUUGGGCCCAACCUGA